CGCCGCCGCCUGUUCGGCUAUCUUUGGCGAAUAAACAAUCAUGUCAACAAGAGGGAUCAUAUAACUUAGUCAUACCUGCUGCCGCGCUCAUACACAUGCUAACGCAUGUACAAUGACAACAUUAGAACGUGGAAGACACACGUCUUUUGACUGAUUAACAUAGUAAUCUCUGCAACGUUAUCGUUUCCAAGGGCUCAGUGGAGAGGCGGUGAAUGGCUAACUAGCUAACGAAAGCAAACACUAGCCAAUUAAAUGCAAAAUUAACAUUGCCAGGAAGACGCUCCUUGUGACUGAAAUCGAUCAGUCUCGUUCUGAUCCAGUGGCUAAUAAAUAGGAGACCGCCUUCAUAGCAGUUGACCCAACACAUCCUGGAUUGAGACACGCGCGAGUCUGAUAGCUGGGAUGUGCAAUGGCAUCGGUCCGGGUGGCUGUGCGGGUCAGGCCUAUGAACAGACGGGAGAAGGAGUUGUCUGCCAAAUGCAUCAUAGAGAUGGAUGGGAACAAGACUACCAUCACCAACCUGAAGAUGUCAGAUGGAGUGACGGGCGACUCCUUGAGGGAGAGGACAAAGACCUUCACGUAUGACUUCUCCUACGACUCGGGUGACUGUAAAAGCACCAACUUCGUCUCUCAAGAGAAGGUUUUUAAAGACCUGGGCUCUGUGGUGCUCAAGGCUGCGUUCGAGGGCUACAACGCCUGCAUCUUCGCCUACGGUCAGACGGGGUCGGGGAAGUCCUACACCAUGAUGGGGAAUCCGGGUGACUUGGGCCUGAUCCCCCGGUUCUGUGAGGGGCUGUUCACCCGCAUCUCUGGGAUGACGCGCGCGGACGAGGCCUCCUUCCGCACGGAGGUCAGCUACUUGGAGAUCUAUAAUGAGCGCGUGCGGGACCUGCUGCGGAGGAAGUCCACCAAAACCUACAACCUGAGAGUGCGGGAGCACCCCAAAGAUGGACCCUACGUAGAGGACCUGUCCAAGCACCUGGUGCAGAACUACACAGACGUGGAGGAGCUGAUGGAGGCGGGCAACAUCAACCGCACCACGGCCAGCACGGGCAUGAACGACGUCAGCAGCCGCUCACACGCCAUCUUCACCAUCAACUUCACCCAGGCGAAGUUCGACGCGGAGAUGCCGUCGGAGACGGUCAGCAAGAUCCACCUGGUGGACCUGGCGGGCAGCGAGCGGGCGGACGCUACCGGGGCAACGGGAGUCAGGCUGAAGGAAGGGGGCAACAUCAACAAGUCCCUGGUCACCCUGGGCAACGUCAUCUCUGCCCUGGCCGACCUGUCCCAGGACGGUGGGAACAGCAAUGCGAAGAAGCGCCAGGUGUUCGUGCCGUACCGAGACUCGGUCCUCACCUGGCUGCUGAAGGACAGUCUCGGGGGCAACUCCAAGACCAUCAUGAUCGCCACCGUCUCCCCUGCCGACGUGAACUACGGCGAGACGCUAAGCACCCUGCGCUACGCCAACCGCGCCAAGAACAUCAUCAACAAGCCCACGAUCAACGAGGACUGCAACGUCAAGCUCAUCCGCGAGCUGCGGGCCGAGAUCGCCCGUCUCAAAGCCCUGCUGGUGCAGGGGAACCAGAUCAAGCUGCUGGACUCUCCCACGGCACUGAGUAUGGAGGAGAAACUGCAUCAGAACGAAGCCAGGGUGUUGGAGCUGACCAAAGAGUGGUGCAACAAGUGGAACGAGACUCAGAACAUACUCAAGGAGGAGACCCUGGCCCUGCGUAAGGAGGGCAUCGGCGUGGUGCUGGACUCGGAGCUGCCCCACCUGAUCGGCAUCGACGACGACCUCCUCAGCACCGGCAUCAUCCUCUACCACCUAAAGGAGGGACGGACGUAUGUUGGCCGGGACGAUGCAGCCACUGAGCAGGAUAUUGUGCUGCAUGGGUUGGACCUGGAGAGUGAGCACUGCCUGUUUGAGAACCAGAGCGGCACGGUGACGUUGGUGCCCCUCAACCAGGCCCAGUGUUCCGUCAACGGCAUGCAGGUCACCGAGCCCUGCCAGCUCAACCAGGGUGCUGUGAUCCUUUUCGGCAGGACCAACAUGUUCAGGUUUAACCAUCCUAAAGAGGCUGCCAAACUCCGGGAGAAGAGAAAGAGUGGGCUUCUGUCCACCCUUAGUCUGUCCAUGACCGAUCUCUCCAAGUCCUGCGAGAACCUCUCCACUGUCAUGCUAUACAAUCCAGGGUUGGAAUUUGAGCGGCAGCAGAGAGAAGAGCUGGAGAAACUCGAACACAAAAGGCGGCUGAUUAAGGAGAUGGAGGAGAAGCAGCGCAGCGAGAAGGCGGAGCUGGAGCGCAUGCAGCAGGAGGUGGAGUCUCAGCGGCGCGAGUCGGAGCAGGUGCAGCAGCGCAUCCGCCACCAGGAGGAGAGCCUGCGCCGGCGCAGCCGCGACAUCGAGAGCCGCCUCCGCGACCUGCUCGCCGAGAAGGAGCGCUUCCAGGAGGAGCGGCAGCGCGAGGGCGGAGCUAAACGGCCGCUGCAAGAUGUCAAGGAGGGCUCGGAGCAAGGGCACGAGCUGACGGCCAAGGAGCUGCAAGAGGAGGACAAGGAGGACGCGGAGAUGAGCGACGCCAGCGAGGAGAAGAAGGACCAGGACGAGCUGGAGCGGGAGGAGAAGCCGGACGGCACGGAAAAGAUGGACAAGCGGGAAGAAUCCGGCAGCGAAUCCGACGACGAUAAUAACGGCGACGAAACGGACAAGGGCCUUCCGCUCUCUCCUCCUUACCCUCCUCUUCUUCCUCCUCACCCUCCUCUUCUUCCUCCUCCUCCUCCUCCGGCGGAGUCGGCGACGCAGCAGCAGCAGCAGCAGCAGCAGCUGGAGGAGCAGGGCGAGAUCGUGCGCGAGCUGGAGCGGCUGAAGCGGGAGCGCGAGCAGCAGGCGCUGCGGCUGCGUCUGGAGCGCCGGCGCCUGGAGCAGGAGGAGCGGCAGCAGCUGGGCCUGGUGGGGCGGCUGGAGGAGCAGCUGCGGGAGCGCCGGGAGGCCACCGCCGCCCUGCUGGCCCGCGACGACGCCCGCCGCCUGGCCGAGGAGCGCCGCGACCUGGCCGACAUCCGGCAGCAGCUGCUGCGCGCCAAGGAGGCCCGUCUGGAGCUCGAGGAGGAGGACGGCGACGACAGUGACCGGGAUGGAGAUGACGCCGAGGGCAACCACCACCACAACAACAACCACCACAACGACGACGACGACGACGUGUCCGACGCGUCGGGGCGCUCCAGGCACGGCGAGGUGGCGACGCAGGCCCGCGACGCCCGCACGCGCUACGCCAACUUCAAGCGGGCGCAGGCCGAGGAGCUGGGCCGGCAGCUGGAGCAGCUGGAGCAGCAGCGCGAGCGCCUGGUCGCCGAGGUGGCCGCCGAGCGCUCCGCCCUGGGCACGCUGAUCCGCGAGCGCGCCGAGAAGACGGCGGCGGUAGCAGCGGCGGCCACGGCUGGCGCGGGCGCUGGCGUUGGCACGGCGGGCACCACAACCACACCGCUGGGCACCAUCGCCACGACGACGACGUCGAUGGCGUCUGCGGCGGCGGCCGACGCGUCCGCAGCUCAGGAGGAGCGGGUGCAGCAGGCGGUGCAGCAGGCGGAGCAGCGUCUCCUGGCCAAGGAGCGGCAGCUGGCGUGCCUGGCGGGGAGUCAGCUGCCGGCCCUGCUGGAGGAGAGACAGAGGGCCAAGGAGGUGCUGGAGAGGGUGGAGAAAGACCUGGACAACACCCUCUACCAGGUGGAGAAGGAGCUGGAGGAGAACGAGGAGCGCCUCUCCCUGCACAGCGCGAGCGCCGAGCACCUGCAGCAGCUGCGCGAGACCUACGAGUUUGCGGCGCACGUGGCGCGGCAGGAGGAGAAGGUGCGGCGCAAGGAGCGCGAGAUCCUCGAGGCGCGCGAGCGACAGCAGCGGGAGGCGCUCGAGGAGGCCGUGGCGCGCCUGGAGAGGAGGCACUCGGCCCUGCGACGCUCCUCCACCCUCGAGACCUCCGCCGCCAGCGGCAACAACGAGGAGGAGAGGAGGACCCAGCAGCAGCAGCAGAAGGAUCAGGAGGCGCAGCAGCAGGCGCAGCAUCAUCAGCAGGAGACGCAGGAGCGGGGGACGGAGACCGACCAACAGAGAGUGGAGCGUGAGAUCCGUCAGCUGAGGCAGCGUCUCAGUGAGAGUGAGGACGGAGGGGGGCGUGGCCUGUGCCACAGUGGAGACGACAAGAGCAGCCGCAGCAGCUCCCCCGCCUCCCCCAUCCAGGGACCACUGGGGGUGCUGCCCACCGCAGACGACAGGAUCAAUGCCUACAUCGAGGAGGAGGUCCAGAGGAGACUCAAGAAGCUCAACCUCCUGAACGGGGACAAUAACCUGGACCUCUCGCUGUCCUCUAGGUCCCUUAAGGAUGACGAGAAGUUAAACAACAAAGUUGAUCCCAGAAGACUAAAGUAUGAGCGCCUGGUGUCGGUUCCUCUCGGUCCGUCCCCGGAGAGCCUCAAGGACCCCGUGAAGAUCAGCAUCCCGCGCUAUGUGCUGCGCGGACAGGGCAAGGAUGAGCACUUUGAGUUCGAAGUAAAGAUAACGGUGCUGGACGAAUCGUGGACGGUGUUCAGGCGUUACAGCCGGUUCCGUGAGAUGCACAAAUCCCUCAAGAUGAAAUAUCCAGAGCUGGGCGGUCUGGAGUUCCCCCCUAAAAAGCUCUUUGGGAACCGCGAUGAAAGGAUGGUGUCGGAGAGACGGAACCAUUUAGAGCGCUACCUGAGGAACUUCUUCCGGGUCAUGAUGUCUCCGUCGUCCUCGUCCCCGCUGAAGACUCAGGAGGGCGGGGCACACCUGUCCAAGCACGCCGUCUGCGACAUCUCCCCCUUCUUCAAGAAGGGCGUCUUCGACUACAGCAGCCACGGCACCGGCUGACCUGCCCCAGACGACGGGCACCACCAGGGGGAGACAGAGAGAGAGAGAGAGAGAUAGAACCCAGACAGAGACUCGGAACCGGGAACAGAGAACGCGAAGAGAAGGGAGGAUCAGAGAAGGAGAGGAGAGGAGAGGAGAGGAGAGGAGAGGAGCAAAGAGGUAGAAGAAUCAACGUCGUGCCUUCCUCCGGUAGCAGGGUGACACCUCUGCAUCAACUCUCACCACCCCAAGCCACUUGCUGGAGUUUAUCAGCAUCGAUCGACGCAUUUGCCUCAAUAACCGCAAAAGAGUUAGGUAAAGCUCCGGUUCAGGUGAGACAAAAAGGAGAGCCAAAUGGUAAAAAAAGUGCCCCAUUUUGAUUUUUCACUUAAUUGAAAGAGUGGCUUUAAAAAAAAAAACACUAACCCUAAAGCAAAGUUUCGGUCAGAGAUCACGAUGGAAGAAGACACACUCCUCUGACUCCUCUUUAGGGUCGAAGCUUCUAAGUGCCAGAGCGAAGACCAAAAGGACCGCGGAGAAGGACCACUACAGUGGCUGAAAUGCUCCACUGAUCCCAACUCCCACCCAAACCAGAGGCCAAUACUGGACGACUUGUAGAAGAACUCUAUGCUUUAUAUAACAACCCUUAUGACUUUCAUGAUCAUCAUGUGUCACAGUUCUAUUCUCAGAAACCAGUUGCUGCUUAUUCUAAAAUCGAAUCAUGGCUGUGGCAGAACAGAAAACACAAGAUCUAGCCUAUAGCAUCCUUGCCUGGUCUGCAAAAUACUUGACGUGGUGCAAUAAUAGUUGUCAGUGUAUAACAAAGUACUUCCAAACCAUCAGAUGAUGCUGUUUGAUCAGGACAUUCCACUCCACAGCAAAGCACGACCAUUUGUUUAAAACCUUCCCAUCGGCUCAAAUGUAUCAGUAAUACAAUUCCUUUGCUGGGUAAUCGUCUCCAUAGUAUCCAAUGGACGCCACAUUUACUGUGUUGCAUGGAUCGUGAGACGACACAAGUAAUAAAUACAUUGCUAGACGACCAGUAAUAGCCUUUAUUAAACACAUCACUUCAUCGCAAAUUAAUCGACGUUGCGUCGAUUUGGUGUUCUUGUGACACACGCGGGUUUACUUCGGUCUUCCAAAGCAUGAACUUUAAAAAGUCACCAUCCGUGGGCAACUACUAUUAAGACACGGAAACGUACUGUAGCUACAUAUUUUUAAUUCUACUGUAACAAGAGCUUACAUAGGUAAAUGGGCAGAUACUAUAAGCCUAAAUGCUAGUUUUGUAAGGUUAUUGUUUUGUUUGUUUAUUUCACAAGACGACUUUAGUCGCGUUUCACCAAAUGUAUACGCACAUACGAAUGUUUUACCUUAAAAGAUUAGUUAAACAUUGCCUGUACAGCCACGUAGCACUUAGCCAACACACAAAUAGAAGCCAUACAUACUCUCAUAGAAUGUAUAUUUUGAACAGGAAUACAUAACUGUAUUCGGUUUGUAUAACGAACUGCAUGAAACCACAACGUUGAUGGGUGUAAAGGGACUGUACUUUCUAAGCACUUUCUUCAUUUCUUUUCAUUUUAAUGGAGAUUUGUUACCUGUGUGAUAGCUUAAGUUUAUUCAUUCAGGUUUGUACAUUCAUUUUUGUGUUAUGUUAAGGUUAAGCAUUAGUGAUGAAUAGUUCCAUUUACUUGUUUUUUUUUCUGUCAUUGUUUAAUACUACUUUGGGUAAAACAUGUAUAUUUUAUUCAUUGGUUGUACAUAAUGGUUUGCUUAACUAAUGGAUUUUCACAACAGCAACAUUGUAUUUGUACAUCUGUUGUUAAAUCAUAGUAGUUUCAUUAAAAAAAAGGACAUACUGGUCA